AUGGCGUCAACACUGCUUCUGCCUCUCGGAACAACUGCGGUGCUGGCUUUGCUUGCAAGACUUUCAAUGCCCAGGAGCAGCGUUAAUGAUAUCCGAGGCCGAUGCCCAGGUCUCAAUGCUGCAGCCAACCAUGGAUACAUUCCAAGGAACGGUAUCUUGAACAUGGAGCAGACCAACGGCUUGUUCACCAUGUUCGGCAUGGGAAUCGACGUUUUUCAGUUCCUUGCCGCUUACUCCAUUGCCUUCGACGGAGACUUCACCACUCUGACCUGGUCCAUCGGUGGUCCGCUGCCGGCGAACGCCGUCAACUCCCUCUUGGGUGUGCCCCAAGGCGAUGGUUGGUCUCACAACAACUACGAGGGUGACACUUCCAUCACUCGGUGCGACGCUUACACCAAUGGUGGUGAUGCUCAUUCUUCGUCUCCGACCCGCUUCUUAUACGCGUACCAGUCUGGCAUGGAUAACGAUCGAUACACUAUGGACAAGUUCGCUCGUCUCUAUGCUAAGAACACCCAUCGAUCUAUCCAGCAGAAUGCUCGCUACUUUGCUCCACUCUUCUCAACGACGAUUGUCAGCCCUGCUGCGCACAACUUCGUCAUUGCCUUCAUGAGCAAUCACUCGCAAGCUGAGCCAGGUGGCUACCUCACCGGCGACCACUUCAAGACCUGGUUCGCAUAUACCGGCAACUACCCCAACUUCAAGUGGGUGCCAGGUACUGAGCGCAUGCCAAAGAACUGGUACAAGCGUCCGUUGCUCGAACCUUACAACGCAGCUGCCGUUAUCGCCGACGACGUUGUCGAGUUCGCUGCGUAUCCAGAUACCUUCCGUUUCGGAGGAAACACCGGUGGAGUCAACACAUACACCGGCAUCGAUAUCAACAACAUCACAGGAGGCGUCUACAACUCCAAGAACCUGUUCACGGGCAACAACUUCGCCUGCUUCGUCUUCUCCAACCAGCAGCAAGCCAUCCCUCAAGCCCUCAAGGGUCUCGUCAACAACGUUGCCGCCGCCACGCAGCUUAUCUUCAAUAACUUCCCGGCUUCCAUCGGCAGCAGCCUCAAGUGCCCACAGCUUGCGCAGUAUGACAACAGUAUCUUUGAUCCGUAUGAGGGUGCUGGGGAUAGCUGGAUGGCGCCGAAGACUGGGCCUAAGAACUGCUAA